CACUUUCCCUGUUUUUAUUCCAUGAUAUUUGAAAACAUAUUUUUGAAACGGAAUACAAAAAGAAGAAAAAAAAAUUGGAGAGAUGAAAUAAGUAGAGUGAGGAAUAGGCAGAAAAAUGAGAAGGAUGAGGAUGGGGCGAAGAGGGUGAAACGUAUGGAACUAAGGAAGAAAGCACAACAGAGAUAAGAACACCACCAACAUCAACCAACAACGACAAAAGGAUUUUUUUUUAAGUUGAGGCGUCAGAAAGUUUAAUAAAAUAACUAUAAGAACACGAUCAAUAUGGCGUCGCCGACAUCACAUCGGGAAAGCGACACAGGUAUGAAUGCAGAAUGGGGUAAAGUUGGAGGCUAUGCUGGAGCAGAUGUCAUCAUCAUAGCUCCGACCCUGGACGCAGGAAUGCCAUACAACUACAGUUUCAAUGACUCCAUCGAUGCCAGCGGCAACGAAACCGACUUCGAAACGCCCGUCUUUACCCCAGAGUACCUCAUUCGCGUGGUCACACUGACUUCCAUCAUGGUGCUCUCGGGACCUCUCAACCUCGCCGUCUUUGUGUCACUCUGGCGUCAACGACGUCCGAAAUCGCGGAUCAACCUCCUCAUCAUGCACCUCGCCGUCGCCGAUCUCCUCAUCACCUUCGUGAACAUCCCCACUGACGUCAUCUGGUUUUGCACGGUCCGCUGGUUGGCUGGAAAUGUAAUGUGUAAACUGUUGAUGUUCAUCGAGUCGGGGGCGAUGUAUGCGUCGUCGUUUGUCCUCAUCGUCAUCAGUCUGGACCGCUUCGCCGCAAUCGUACACCCGCUCAGCGUGAGUAAGGCGGACAGGAGGUGUAAGAUCAUGCUGAGGGUGGCCUGGUCUUCUUCAGUUGUCUGUAGUCUUCCACAGACGGCUGCCAGCUGUCUAGUAGCGGCAGUGCUAGAGAACCUGACAAACUUAGAAGAUCUAAGUACCUCUCUGGCAGAGUCAGAGGUUGAAGAACAUGAUGCUGUCUCUUCAUUGUUACUGGCGAUGGUUAAACUCAUUCUCCUCUUUUGA